AUGUUCACCAACCGGAACAACACCCAGAAGCCGGAUGGUGAGUUCAUCAGUCGCUUCCAGCAGACAUUCUCAGACAUUGUCCCUCGGCGGGACAGCACGAGUCCGCGCAAUGUGAGGGCAGGUGAACCUUUGAUAGCAGGACUGGCCGAGAAUAACGAUGUGAAAAUGGAGGGUCAUGAUGUCAAGCUUCCCAUCACUAACAACGACCGCACUCCCCGAAAUAUGCAUGAACUGGGCUUGACGCCCUCAUGGAUGGAAUCCGCUUCCUAUUCAAUGAUGCCUCUUGCCAACCCGCAUUCGGGCUUUUAUACUCCAACCUCUUCUGGAAUGGGUGCCAUGUUCCAUAAUCAGGCGGGCGAUUUGCAUACCCCAACGGGGAUGCACUUGAUGACCCCGUUGGCGGGCAUGCCGGCUGUACACAAUCACCACAGCACUGGCUUCGAGCCCUUCCAUCCGCAGUUCAUGAAUUCAGUGCAUGGCAUGAACCCGUACACACAGCCAUCAUAUGCGCCAAGCGCAUUCAUGCACCGCGACACCGGAUAUGAUGUCAUGGAUGAUACUCUCGAUGACUCUUCUUUAAAUGAUGUACGUGUUGAAACAGCAUCCAAUGUAACCGCCUCUACGGAAUUUUCCUCUCAAUUGGCUGGUGACAUGUCAUAUGCCAAGGGCGAAAAAUUCCGCUUCAAUGUUUCUCUACGAGCACCGACCGCCAUGGUGAAGACUCUAAGUGAAAUUCCCGUGACCUAUCUCAAUAAAGGCCAAGCCUACAAUCUCUCAGUUGUCGAUACAAGCCCACCAAUGCUCAGCCACGAACCGGUCCGAUACAGAACAUUCAUCCGAAUUUCCUUCGAAGAGCGAGAACAACGGGCGAGACCGUCAGCAUGUUGGCAACUAUGGAAGGAAGGCCGUGGUACCACAGAAGCCCAUCAACGGGGCGGGAAAUUAUUGGCAGUUGAAUACGUGGAUCCAUUACAAGGGGGCAGUGACGCACACAGGAAUCGACAGGUUCAAGUCGAGAGUAUGUCAGUUGACGGCUUCUGCGUCACUUGGACUGCCAACCCAGCGACCGGCAUAUCAGAUUGCAAUAUUCCCGUGCGGUUCAAUUUCCUUUCCACAGAUUUCAGCCACUCAAAAGGCGUCAAGGGAAUUCCUGUUAGACUGUGCGCUAAAACCGAGCUGUUGUCCCCGGACGAGGAGACCGGUCUCUCGCACGAUCCAGAGCUGUCUUACUGCAAAGUCAAACUUUUCCGGGAUCAUGGUGCGGAGCGGAAGCUGUCGAACGACGUCGCGCAUGUUAAGAAGACCAUUGAUAAGCUUAAACAGCAAGUCUCCCAGGCAGAAAUGGGUGGUGGAUUUUCGAAGCGCAAACGGGGAAGUAAUUUCUCGGGCACCUCCAAGGGAUCGGAUAAUUCAUUGAAGCCUUCGGGCCACAAGCGAACUUGGUCGAUGGACUCGGAAAAUACUUCAGAGAAAGUUUCCUUAGAGGACGACCUUCAAGCCAAGUUGUCUACGAUGCAAGAGAUGUUCUCAUCUACUCGCUCAGUGAGCGUUUUCGGUUUACGCGGUGACAACUUCGACGAUCCGGACCUAUAUCCGAUCCAGUUAUCAGGUGAUAGCGAUUCCUCUCAGUAUGGGAAUACAAGUCGUUCAAGCACACGUGAAUUAGAGUCUAUCAUGCCUUCGCCACCGAACACCAAUACCUCUUCUUCGAAUUCGCCGCCUACCCACGCACUCAGAUUAGGAAAAUGCCCCACCACUAUCCAGAGGGUUCCUUCCGGCGACCAAAUCUCAAGGGGUUUCAUAGAGGCCAUCGGUGUAGACUUGACCUACCGACCUCCGUCGGAACACCCUCUCAAGCCAAUUGCAUGCUUCUAUGUUCGAUUCACUGGAAAUGUGACGCGCUCAGAGGAUUACUACCGUGCAAUCUAUUUGACAGAACGCACCGUUCGAGACCUCGUGAAGCAAAUCACCGAGAAAUAUCACAUCGAUCCGAUGCGGAUCUCAAAUAUCAUGCAUGCCCAUGAGAAAGGCCUGCGAGUUAUAGUUGAUGACGAUGUGGUCCGCCAGCUUCCAGAGGGUCAAGACAUGAUCGUCGACAUAUCCGAAGCACCCGGCGGUGUUUCUGGCACACCCGAAUCUCCUAUGGAGAUCAACUUAACUUAUUAA